UUUUUUUUAAAAAAAAAUCCCAAAGUUUGGUUUCAUUUUACACUCUAAAACCCCCUCUUAUCUUCUUGACAACAGAGGGAAAAAUCAAAAGCUUCCAUUCCUCUACACCCAACCAUGAAGAAGAACCGACCCGUUUUAGUAUCCAUAUCCAUUCCGGGUCUUGAAUUAUCUAACACCAUCACUCCACCACAACAAUGGGUCAGUUCUAAACAAACUGGGUGUAAUUUCUCCAAUUUUGGUUGUAUUUCAUUAUCAGAGAAUUUGGAUGAAAAAGCUGGAUUUAAAGGGUUAAAUCCAACAACAGCACAAUUACUAAAACACCCUUUAGCAAUGGUAGCUUUGGUACCAAGAGAAGCUGCAUUGUUUGCUGCAGGUGCUAUUGCUGGUGCUGCUGCUAAGUCUGUUACUGCACCACUUGACCGUAUUAAGCUACUCAUGCAGACACAUGGACUAAGAGCUGGGCAAGAAGCUGCAAAGAAAGGAAUCGGAUUCAUUGAGGCGUUUGCAUUGAUUGGGAAGGAGGAAGGUAUCAAAGGAUACUGGAAAGGAAACCUUCCGCAGGUGAUACGGAUCAUACCUUAUAGUGCGGUGCAGUUAUUUGCUUAUGAAACCUACAAGAAACUUCUUCAAGGAAAGGAUGGGGAGCUUUCUGUGAUUGGAAGACUAGCAGCAGGUGCUUGUGCUGGCAUGACUUCUACUUUUGUAACGUACCCACUAGAUGUUCUCAGGUUGAGAUUAGCAGUAGACCCUGGGUAUAAAACGAUGAGUGAGGUUGCUUUAAACAUGCUGAGAGAGGAAGGCGUUGCAUCCUUUUAUAAUGGUCUCGGGCCCUCUCUCAUUGGCAUAGCUCCAUAUAUCGCUGUGAACUUUUGUGUUUUUGACUUGGUGAAGAAAGCUUUGCCAGAGAAAUAUCAGCAACGAACUGAAGCAACGCUAGCUACAGGUUUGAUUUCAGCAACUAUUGCCACUCUAAUGUGCUAUCCAUUGGACACAGUGAGAAGGCAAAUGCAAAUGAGGGGUACACCUUAUAAUACAAUUUUGGAUGCCUUCCCAGGUAUAGUGGCACGUGAUGGUAUAGUUGGAUUGUACAGGGGUUUUGUUCCCAAUGCACUGAAAACUCUCCCAAAUAGCAGCAUUAGGCUUACCACUUUUGACACUGUUAAGCGUUUGAUAGCAACAAGUGAGAAAGAGUUCCAGAAAAUUAUGGAGGAAAACCGCAGGCAAAAGGCAGAAUAAUCCUAGCUACUGCACCAAAUAGAUCUGAUGAUUGCAUGAUUCAUUGAAGAUAAUUAAUCUCCUCAUUAUUCAUAUCAUUUUGAAGCAUUGGUUCCACGAGCAAGAAAAGAGCUGCCAGUAAUCUAGUUUAUUACCUAGAGCUCCUCCAAUUUUGUAAAACAGGGAUUAGUUGCCAGAGUAGUUAGGUUGGCUUCCUUGUGGCAGUGUCUGUUUUUUUUAGCUCAGUUGAAUGUAGAAUUACUUCAUUCAUUUGUGUCCUUAUUAUUGUACUAUUUGAAGCGACUUGCAGCCUCCUUCAUCCUUGUUUUAUUUCCACUUUGUAAUGGCAAUAAACUAUUAGUUAUAAU